AGGUUUUUGCAACCUUUUUCCUUAUUGGCCAGAAAGGGUUUUUGCACCUUAAACCCAUAGCAAGACAAGAAGAAGCCGGAGUUGCUUGGCUUGCCUUCUCAUCCACAUCGUUACUAGUUCCUUUUCUAUUCACCAAGAAGAAGCUGCCAUGGCUAUGGAUAGUGGCGCCGGUGAGCAGUCGCACAAGGCUCACCGCUCUCGCCAGUCGGGCGCCUCCGCUAAAAGGAAAGCCCAAGCCAAAGCCGCAAACAAGAAUCAAAACUCUGACCGGAGGCAGCAAAACCCUAAGGCAUUCGCUUUUCGUUCCAAUGCGAAAGCGAAGCGAUUGCAAUCACGCGCCGUAGAGAAAGAGCAGCGUAGGCUUCAUCUUCCUGUUAUCGAUCGUUCCUAUAGCGAACCGCCUCCCUUUGUAGUUGUCGUGCAGGGCCCCCCUCAGGUUGGAAAGUCUCUGGUAAUAAAGUCUCUUGUAAAGCAUUACACAAAGCAUAAUUUACCUGAGGUUCGAGGACCAAUUACCAUUGUAUCAGGAAAGCAACGGCGGCUGCAGUUUGUUGAGUGUCCAAAUGAUAUCAAUGGCAUGAUUGAUGCCGCAAAGUUUGCUGAUCUAGCAUUGCUUCUCAUAGAUGGAAGUUACGGCUUUGAAAUGGAAACAUUUGAAUUCCUUAACAUAUUGCAAGUUCAUGGCUUCCCAAAGGUGAUGGGGGUUCUUACUCACCUUGAUAAAUUUAAGGACGUAAAGAAACUAAAGAAAACAAAACAGCGUCUUAAGCAUCGUUUCUGGACAGAAAUAUAUGAUGGCGCUAAAUUGUUUUAUUUAUCUGGUCUCAUUCAUGGGAAAUAUCCAAAGCGUGAAAUUCACAAUCUUGCAAGAUUUAUCUCUGUUAUGAAGUUCCCUCCUUUGUCGUGGAGAAUUUCUCAUCCUUAUAUCUUGGUUGAUCGUUUUGAAGAUGUUACUCCCCCUGACAGAGUGCAAAUGAAUAAUAAAUGUGAUAGAAAUGUCACACUUUAUGGUUAUUUGCGGGGUUGUAAUUUGAAAAAAGGAACUAAGGUCCAUAUUGCUGGUGUUGGAGACUUUAGUUUAGCUGGUGUUACAGGCCUAUCUGAUCCUUGUCCUUUACCAUCAGCUGCAAAAAAGAAGGGAUUGCGUGACAAAGAAAAACUUUUUUAUGCCCCCAUGUCUGGACUUGGGGACCUGUUGUAUGACAAAGAUGCGGUCUACAUAAACAUUAAUGACCAUUUUGUUCAAUAUUCUAAAGUUGAUGAAAUGGGGGGUACACUACGUAAAGGGAAGGAACGAGAUGUUGGGGAGGCCUUGGUGAAAUCACUGCAGAAUAUAAAGAACCCAAUUGAUGAGAAGUUAGAAAAAAGCAAAAUUUCCCUAUUCAGUCAGAAUCCUAAUGGCUUGUUGGAAACUGAAGGUGGCAAAAAGGAUUGUGACGAAUCACCAAAGCAUAUUCGUGAUAUAGAGCCUUUGGAGCAAUACCAGCCUGGUGAAGAAGAUGAUGCUGCUCAGUUUGAUGAAGAAAGUGCUCACAGUGAUCUGGAUGGUUCAAAGUCUUCAGAUCUUGAUGACGAAGGUAGCAAUUUUGGUGAAGAAAAUGCUGAUGCAUUAGAGAGACCAGGUCGAGUUAUGGAACAGGUUGAAUUUCACAAUGGUAGGAAAAGGAGAAAGGCAAUCUUUGGAAACAGCAUUGAUCAUAGUAGUCUCAAGGUUGUAGAUGAAGAGAAUGCAGAUGAUGAAUAUGAUGAUGAUGAUGAAGAUGAAGGUGAAGAUGAUGGAAGCGAUGAAGACACCCAGUCAUUUUUAGGUUCAGAGUUUUCAGAUGGUGAUAACGAGGAUCUGAAGUCUGAUGAAGAUGGCAUGGGAAACAUAUCAAAGUGGAGAGCAUUGUUGGUGGAAAGGACGGCUAAGAAACAAAAUAUAAAUCUUAUGCAGCUUGUAUAUGGAAAAUCUGCAUCAACAUCAAAUACUUUUAUUAAUGAAGUGCAGGAUGAUAGUGAGAAUGAAGAGAGUGAUGGUGAAUUUUUUAAGCCAAAAGGAGAACAGAAAAAGAAUUUGAAAGAAGGAUUAGACAGUGAUAACAUCAACACUGAGGACUGUUCCAAAUCCACAAAUUAUUCAGCGCUUAAGAACUGGAAAGAGGAAGAAGUAUAUGGGAGUGUUCGUGAUCGUUUUGUCACUGGUGAUUGGUCUAAAGCUGCUCUCAGAAAUCAAAUGUCAGAAGCUAAAACUGAAGCAGAAGAUGAUGUGUAUGGUGACUUUGAAGAUUUAGAAACUGGUGAGAAGUGCGAGAGCCAUCAGAAAGAAGAUUCCAGUAAUGGUGCAAUCCAGAACAAAGAUGAUGCUGCAACUGAGGAGCGGAGGUUAAAAAAGCUAGCUCUCCGUGCAAAAUUUGAUGCUCAAUAUGAUGGGUCUGAAUCACCAGAAGAAGAAACUGAUGCACGACAUGGGUUCAAAUUUCACCAAAGUCAAGCAAAUGACAGUGGUUAUUAUGACAAGUUGAAAGAAGAGAUUGAACACCAGAAACAAAUGAAUAUAGCAGAACUCAAUGAUCUUGAUGAGGCUACCCGGCUGGAAAUUGAGGGAUUCUGCACGGGGAUGUAUCUAAGAUUGGAAGUUCAUGGUGUUCCUUUCGAGAUGGUUGAAUAUUUUGAUCCCUGCCAUCCUGUUUUGGUUGGAGGAAUUGGUCUUGGUGAGGAAAAUGUGGGAUACAUGCAGACAAGGCUAAAACGGCACAGAUGGCACAAGAAAGUGCUGAAGACUAGAGAUCCAAUAAUUGUUUCAAUUGGAUGGAGGCGUUACCAGACCACCCCAGUUUAUGCCAUUGAGGACCAGAAUGGAAGGCAUCGCAUGCUCAAGUACACUCCAGAACAUAUGCAUUGCCUUGCAAUGUUUUGGGGCCCCCUUGCCCCUCCCAAGUCUGGAGUGCUUGCUGUUCAGAGUUUAUCAAACAAUCAGGCAGCAUUUCGCAUCAUAGCAACAGCAUAUGUACUUGAGUUUAACCAUGCAGCACAGAUAGUGAAAAAAAUUAAGCUGGUUGGUUACCCCUGUAAAAUAUUCAAGAGAACAGCCCUCAUCAAGGAUAUGUUUACUUCAGAUCUUGAAGUAGCUCGGUUUGAGGGUGCUGCAGUUCGAACUGUCAGUGGGAUCCGUGGGCAGGUGAAAAAGGCUGCGAAGGAAGAGAUUGGUAAUCAGCCCAAGAAAAAGGGAGGGCAACCUAGGGAAGGAAUUGCAAGGUGCACCUUUGAGGAUCGGAUUUUGAUGAGUGACAUAGUCUUUUUGCGUGCAUGGACUCGAGUUGAAGUUCCUCAGUUUUACAAUCCAUUAACUACUUCAUUGCAACCUCGUCAAACAACCUGGCAAGGAAUGAAAACUGUAGCAGAAUUGAGGAGGGAACACAAUCUUCCUAUUCCUGUUAACAAGGAUUCCCUCUACAAGCCAAUUGAGAGAAAGCCAAGGAAGUUCAAUCCCCUGGUCAUUCCUAAGGCAUUACAGGCGGAUCUUCCAUUUGAAUCAAAGCCCAAGAAUAUACCUCAUCGGAAACGACCACUUCUUGAAGAUAGAAGAGCUGUUGUCAUGGAGCCUCAUGAACGAAAAGUUCAUGCUCUUGUUCAGCAACUUCAAUUGAUUAGGAAUGACAAGAUGAAGAAGCGAAGGCUCAAGGAGGAGCAAAAGAGGAAAGAACUUGAGACACAGAGAGCAAAGGAUGAGCAGUUAUUAAGAAAGCGCCGGAGAGAAGAAAGGCAGGAGAGAUACAGGGAGCAGGACAAACUAAAGAAGAAGAUCCGGAGGCAUGCAGAAGCCUGAUUGUUAUUAUGCAGGAAUGUUUUGAGGAACAUAAUGCUAUUGGAUCUUGCAGACUAAAUUUGAUCUUUAAUCAGUUUUCUGCACAUCAACUAUGGCCUUGGUGGUUUCUAACGAGUUGACAUUGGUGUGUACUGGUUGAUGUGGAUGGUUCUUGCUGACUGCACCUUCUGGGUUUUGCCUUCCUGAUCAUUUCCUUGCAGAUAAAUCUUGCUACUUACUUAAAAAGGUGGCUUGGUGGGUAGUUGAGUAGCAUAAGCUUGUAGGAGGCCUAAUAUUUCUGAUGUAAAUCAGGUAGUUCCUGCAUAUGUGCUAGCCAAAUUUUGCCCUAAAAAUUUUGAUGAGAUGUUUGCUUUCACCCUGAUUUGUUAUAAACAUUGCAAAAAUGCAGAUCAUUGGAUGCACGCAUUUCGAUUCUACGUCUGUACCAUCUAUACACAUAGUAGCUUAUAAAAAGUUCCUAGUCUUGUGAAAUUUAAGAAUUGGGAUUUAUCACAUUCAUAUCAACAUAGUGUAUAUCUUUCUUUCUUGUUUUUA